AGCUAUUUGAGUCGGGUCUGGUUGUUGGCCAGUUGCUUAGUUUCUUAUUGUUAUGAGCACUGCUUUUGGAGAUACACAACACACAGGACUGGGGACCAACGGGUUCGAAGUUUCCCUGAACUACAUCACAGGUAUCCCAGAUCCGAAUUUACUACUAUGCUCAAACACACUUAAGCUGGCAUUCAAGUCAUUGUUGAAGAGAGACUCCAGCACGAAAGAGAAGUCGAUCAGCACGAUGCUUGAGUAUGUGCGGGGGAAUCCGACAGAGCUGAAUGACGACUUGACGAUCAUGACGUGGGUACAGAUGUACCCGAAGCUCUCCAUAGACGACUCGAAAAAGGUGCGUUCUUCAGCCCAUCAGAUCCAGUCCCAGUUUGUCUUCACGUUGGGGAAGGCAUACGUGAAAUAUUUGCGGGAUACGAUAGGUGUGUGGCUGUCCGGGGUAUUUGACACGGAUAGAUCGACAGCCAGGGCAUGCCGAGAAUCGAUUGAUUUUGCGUUUGGACACAAGAAGGAGAAAAUCUCAAACCUUUGGAAGAUUUUCACCCCGCAGAUCGUGCAUUACUCCCAUCAGGUGUUGGCCUACGAAACCAAGGAUACCCUCUCUGAUGAGAGAUUUUCAACAAAGGACGAAAGCGAGGCCAAGUACUUGCGUGUGCUUCAAGCGUCCAUUCUGCUUGUUGUUCAUACCUUGGCUGAAAAUGACGUUGCCUCGUUGAAUGAAAAUGCGACAAGUCUGUUGAAGUCUAUAUUCAGCCAGGAAACUCUUAUGGAGGCCUUCAGCUCAAAAGACUUCAGUUUGAAAAAAUCAGCCUACAUGGCCUUCAAAUCGUUGGUGAUAUCCAAGCAUGUGGAGUCGAUCAUCGACCAGCACUCUUACAAGGCUCUUUCAAAGGCGAUGAUCAAGGGUAUUAAGUUUGACUCCAAAGUCAACGUGAUACUUUAUUCAAAUGUUAUAAUAACCAUAAUGGACACGUGGGUUUGCGCCACUUCGUAUAACCCUGCUUUCUGGUCGAAUAUCAAAAAGGCCGAUGCGAAAUUGCUAUCAUUAUUGGAGAUCGGGUCCCUCAAUAGUGAACCGAUCUACUAUGAUAUAGUCUACAGGUUACUAAAGACACUACCUACUGAAGUAUUGGAUUUGAAGGAUCCAUCCAUGGUGGAGCCAUAUUUUGAUGCCGUUAUGAGAAGUGUAGAGAAGGAAAAAACUGUCCAGUUUCUGGAAAAGGGUUGGAAGGUUAUGAUCAGCAUAAUCCAAACAUUGGUUACUGGAAGUAAGGUUUCUGAUAAAAUUCUUGAUGAGUUCACUUUCUCACUAGUCAAACUCAUGGACUCGCCAAGAGUAUUGUCACCGAUACUCGUUGGUUUGAUGCAUGAAAUACAUACGUUUGCAAACGAUAACAAGGAUGUUCUUUUGGAUGUCAAUUCGUCCGUUAUGGACGCUCUUCCUGAUAAACACAUUGUUUUUGGAGACUUUGCUAAUUAUACGGUAAAAAACACCCGAUGUUUUGUGGAAUCAUUCAUAAACCUAUUUGUUUCGAACAAAUCAGAUUUGGAGGAAGUUUUGAUGGCAAAUUCUAUUGAGGCUGUAGAAGAAAUCAGCACACCGUCGGUAUCUCCUACACUAUCGUUUACAGUCAUAAACAUUCUCAUUAAAAAGAAUGCCGUUCAAUAUUCUGACCCAAUAAAUUCAUUUGUUGAAACUAUACCGAAGCAGAUUUCAGAAACUUUCGUUGAUUGUCCUUUAGAAACAUUGGCACUAUAUUCGCACUCCAGCUUUGCUGAUGAACAUUUUGUUAACUCUUUAAUAAAUCAGACGUUCGUUAGUCUGCAGGAGCUUAAUCUCGUUAAUAAACUACUCAAGAUUAUUCCAAAUCUAGGACAUUUCAAUUUACAUGAAGCAACCAAGCUAAAUAACUAUUUAGUUGAAAACUCAAAGUCCUUAUCAAGAGAGGGAAACACAUCUGGAAAUAUCGGUAAUGAAGACCAUGGUUCCCUUUACCAAUUCCUAACUCUUGAAAUCUUGCUCAAUUUGUAUCAACACGAAAGUUUUUCUUCUUUUAUUUUAAAUUGCUCCAAACAUUAUGACAAUAAUCUUUUCUUAAAUUUCAGCAAAAAAAAUACCAAAUUUAUUGAACAGCUUUUAUCUAUCAUCAUGAAAAAGAAUAAUUCAGAUGACACAGAUUAUUUGGCUGGCUCGGUGCUACUUGAUAAGCUCGAGGAAAACCUAGUUUCUGAUGAUACAUUCGCACAGCUAUACCAAAACUCUCUUCUAACUGCAAUUGGAAAAUCAGAUCUUGAAUUCUCCUCUUUGGAAUCGAGAUUGGCAAAGCUUCCGGAAGCUUUCAUCAAAAACAUCAUUCAAAAGUCCAAUGUUGAUGAACUCAAAGAGAUAUCUCAAUUUAAAUUAAGCAACCUUUUGUGCAUUGGAAACGCAUUUGAUCUUUCUUCUUAUUUAUUUACUGAAAACUACAAGAAUUCAGAAGCAAUCGAUUUUGAACAUGCCAAAACAAUUAUCAAUAAAGCAGUUUUCUACGGUGAAUUGUUCAAGAUUCAUACUUUGAGUGACAGUAUCACUGAGACCAAUAUUAUCAAUUUAUCGCUGGUCUCUGAGUUCUCGUCAGACAUCCUUUUUUUGAAUACGACACUAUCUUCAAUAUAUGAGGAUAAAAUAGUUGAGUUUCAAACUCUUGCCAGAACAAUGUUGCUCGAUUUGUUCGGUAGCUCUUCCUACAUUAGCAUAGUUCAAAAUCUGAUCUCAGAUACAAAUGAUGAGAAUCACCUCACUUAUCUUUUAUCUUUGUUGCAUGAAAACUGUCAGGUGAGGAGUUAUUAUGCUCACAGAGUAUUAAAGAAGAUUUUAGUAGAAAAGGCAGAUCAGUUACCAAAUGAGACUUUUGAAAAGAUUGACUUCAAGCCUUUCAUUAAUCAUGCUAAUUUAUUAUUUACAAUUCUUGACUCUUCAAAGCAACAUUUGACAUCAAAAAAUUUGGAGUAUACAAGAACCAACACUAUUGCUAACUUGAUCAGCAUAAGAAAACCUUCCGACAUCUGUUUCAAUGGGAUGCAAGAAUUGUUAAUCUUGAAUGCGUUCAUUAACGUUGACCUGAACAAUCACAUACCUGAUAAUUUUACCAUGAUUUCCCCCCAGAGAUGCCUAAAUCUAUUAAGCACUAUUUCAACUUGGCUUGAUAGCGAAGUGACUUACGAAGAAGGCUUUAAACCAGUAAGAAUUGUUAUGAUGCAAUUUAUUCAACGAUACAUUGAUGGUAUCUACUACGUUUGCGACUCUAAUUACCCUUCGGACUUUAUCACUAAAGUUUUCGAUUUGGGUGCUAAACUCCUUUCUGAGACGAUCAAUCUUGUAAAUAGUGAAGAUCAGGUUCCACUUGACUUAUUGAGUUGGUCAUUGAAGCUGUACAUAAUAUUGAACAAGUACAGAAGAGACAUUGAAAAUUGGGAUGAUGAAUGCUCAGACACAGAAGCUGAAAUUAUUGAAUUAUUUUUCAAGGUUUCAAAAAUUAGUCAUAUCAAUCAGCCCAUCGAGAUAGUAUGCAGUCAAUUUUCACACAUUUUAACUGAAUUGGUGGAAUCUAAGACAUUGGCCAAAAACUACCAGAAGUUCUAUAGUUUGAUGGAAAGUAAAAAUAUACAGAUUUUACGUCUGGGAUGUACUCUACUUCACCAAUUGAUUCCAGAAGUUCAGGAUAACCUAGUUGUUGAAUUCACCUUAUCCAAGAAAAAGGCUGACGAAAAGGGAAAUUCUGGAAUCCACUUACCCCUGGUAUUGCUCCAUAUAUCAUCUUCCCCUCUUACUGAUUACAUUGAGUUUGAGGAGCCUUGGAAAGUUUAUCAAUAUUUGUGGGCAUGGUAUUUAAUCAUGGACCAUUUCAAAAACAUUACUCAGCAAAUGAGACAAGACUAUAUCAGCGAUUUGGGGGAAGAAAGGAUUUGUUUAUUCUUGAACUUCAUAUUUGGUGACUUGGACAUCAAUCGAUUCAAAGUUCAUGAAGAUGACAAAACUUAUGUGAAGAAUUAUGACCUAAAAGAUAAUUCAAGCCUCAAUUAUGAGGAGGAAACAAAAAAGCUAUUGGUUAAUUUGGCGUAUGAGAUAAUGAACAAUAUUGGAGGAACAUUUGCUCAAAACUGGUUCAACUCAAUAAAGGACAAACAAUUUCAGCAAAGUGUCGAAAAAUUUAUCAUUCGUUUUAUCAGUCCAGAGUUGAUCAAUGACAUCCUUUCAACUUUAUCCGAUAAAAACGUUCUUGAAGACCCGGAAUUCAAGAUAAACAUUAACAGAAAAACUAAUGAAAUCAAAUGUCUUUAUAAUAUUGAUGAACAGAAAAUGGAAAUUUCUAUUCUACUACCUUCCAAUUUUCCUUUGUCUCAAAUUACAGUUAAUGGAAUUAGUAGAGUCGGAGUCGAUGAAAAAAAAUGGAAGUCUUGGAUCAUGUCAGCUCAGUAUGUUAUCAACUUUCAGAACGGGACAAUUUUAGACUCUAUCAAACAUUUCAAAGACAAUGUUACUGCUAACUUCGAAAAUUAUGAAGAUUGUGCAAUCUGUUACUCAAUUUUAAAUGCGGUUGAUCAUUCGACUCCAAAUAAGGUUUGUCCAACGUGUAAGCAUAACUUCCAUUCUGCUUGCUUGUACAGGUGGUUCAAGAGUUCCGGUUCCUCUACUUGUCCACUCUGUAGAUCCAAGUUCCAGUUCAAGAAACAUUCUUAGAUGUGUAACGCUUAUUUUUUUUGUAAACCCUUUCAAAAAAUAUUGACAAGAUUGGGUUGAUCUAUAAAUUAGUUGUACAUAUGCUAUAAUACACGAAAAAUUAUUAAUCCAUUAGCUCUUCGUCUAAUAACUUUUCCAUUUCGUUGAUUGUAAAUGAGAUAUAUAAAACCUCCGUGCCCGAUGUGUCUCUGGUUAAGUUGCACAUUUUAUGUUCCACAAACUCUCCUAAAAUGGUGCGGAAUGAAAUAUCAUUAGAAAUAAUGAAUUCAGUGACACAUAAUUCAUAAAAGUCUCUAAGAAAAACACAGGUUUUGAGGGAGCCUUUUAUAUUACCUCUAUUAUCCAAAAGUUUUGUAUCAUUGCCAAUGUAUGUGUCAAUUCUCUCAAGUUGUUGUAAGAUCAAGUUUUUGUAUAAACUCUUAGCAU